AUGGAAGAUGUCACCAUUGACACUGGAAGACCGCUGAAUGCUCGGAACCUGAAGAGAAUGGGAAUCAUUAAUCAAGUCAGAGCCAAACCAACACUUGAUACCUCCUGGGAAGCAUUCAGGGAUCAGAGGGAGAUUCCCAACAGACUCUACCUGUUCUCCAAGAUUGACCCUCCAGAGGUAGUGGCCUACUAUCUACAGGACCUUUCCAAUCAAGGGGUGAACAUCUCUGACUUCAUAGUGGACUGGCUUCCUGAGCAUCCACAUAACUUCAUGAAGAGGAUGCGAGAGCCCUCUGAUAAGUCCAAGAAGGAGAAAAAAGCAAGGCUGGGAAAAUCCUCUAGGUCAAGACCUCUAGUCCCUCUGGCUGGCGCUCCAAGUAAGUCUGUACAUCUCUCUCACUCUGUUAAAAUAAAACCUCUUGCUUAUUCUCUUCCCCAAACCACCCCUAUAUGCACCACCCCUGACACUCCUCCCUCAACCACUAGAACGUCUAACCCACCCUCACUUAAAUUUAACCUUGCUACCACCACACUACCCGUUUCAGAAGCACAAAUGCUGAAUGAAACCUCUUCAUCAUCAUCAUCACCAUCUCCACAAUCCCCACCAUACUACGAACUCUCCUCCGACACCAAACCAUCUAACACACAAUCCCCCACUCUGGGUCAACUACAAGCCCGUGUUCUGGCCUCUCAACAGCCAUCACACUCUGAACCUGAACCAGAAGUCACUUCCCCACCUCCUGAACAUCUAAAUCCCACCACAUCUGAACAAACACCACCACCUGCACAACAACCAAUCCACUAUGAACCACAACUAACCAACCCAUCAUCUGAACCACACCUAGAACUUGAACAAACAACACAGUCACCCUCUGACAUUCCACCACCCAUCACUUCUGCUACCUCCAUCACUCCCACACUCAAUCUCAGUGCCCCAAACUCACCCUCUCCACCCUCCCUAGCCUCUUCCACUGAACCAGAAACUACCUUUCUUACCCUUGAAGAAGCAAUACAGAAAGGCCUCUCUGAACAAGUUCGCAAUGACUUUAUUAGAGACGCUGGUAUUAGACUUCAAGAGCGAUUAGCCAGAGAAGCUAAGGAACGGGCAAGGAAGGAAGCCGAAGAGAAAGCAUGCCAAAAAGAACUACAUCGAAUCAGAGAAGCUGAAGCCAAGGUUACCGCUGAUGCUGCUGAUAUUGCGGCUGAGGCAAAAGCUAAAGCCAACGCUGAAGAAGUAACUCGUAUUGCUGAAGAAGCAACUGCUAAAGCCAACACUAAUGCACUAACUCAGGGGGAGCACUCCAACUCUGGGUUGGUCCCUUUAGUCUUGAAGACUCUAGAGGAACUGCAGAAAGAACAACAGGUAGUUCGGGUCAGGCUGGAUCAACAGGAUUCUAUCAACAUCAACAUUCAGAACAUGUUGUCCCAGCUGCUCCAACGGAUGCCUCCGCCUCCAAACCCUUAG